UAUGCAGAUUAGAAAAUCAAAUAAAGUAGUAGUGAAUAGAAUUGAAAAAGUGAAUUCAGAAUUAUUGACUUUAACUUAUGGUGCCAUAGUUUCACAAAUUAUUAAGGAUAGUGAUACUGUUAUUGAAGCAAAUGAAUAAUUGGAAAAAAUGGGUUAUAAUAUUGGAUAAAGAAUUAUUGAUGAAUACCUUUCCAAAGCAGAAAUUAAAUAAUGCAGAGAUAAAAUUGAUGUUGCAGAAAAUAUUGGCAAGGUUUGUAUCUAUUUUUAAGAUAGGGAGCUAUGUAAAUGUUUCUUGGAGUAACAGCUGAAGUAGAGGUAUUACCUGAGACUGAUAAGAUAUUCACUUUUAAUUUACAUUUCGUUGAAAAUCCUUUAAAUGAUUUUGUUGAAUUACCAGAACAUUUAUAAGGACUCAAUUAUUCAAAUAUGAUUGCAGGAGCUAUUAGAGGAGCUUUAUCAACAGUAUUUAUUUAUAUUUUAUAUAGAUUCAUUGGAUAGCUACUUGUAGAUUCUUAAAAGAUUAAUUGAAAAAUGAUGAUAAAACUAUUUUGUAAGUUGAAAUGAUUAGAGAAAAGUUCAAAGAUGAUGAAUGAUU